UGUCGAAAUCCCCGAUUUUUCCUUAAAAAUUCCGGCCGAUUCGCUGCACCCGUGAGACGAAAAUACCGAAUUGAUCGAACCGAUCCCCGAUUGGUGAAGCCCCGUUGACAUUAUCCGCGCGAGAAUCCCCCGAACCCCCGAAAAAUGUCCAAACGAAGACAAAGACCAGACGGUGACAACAAAAAAUGAAAGGGACUAAUGAAAUUGUGGCCGAUGGGAAUGCCUGGCGCUUCUCUGGCGUAAUAUCACGCUGAAGUGAGACGUGCGAGAGCGCCGACCAUUUCCUCAUUACAUAUUACUCCACAGCACUCGGUAAUGCCCGCGAGCGUCCCACCGUCUCCCCUCGAACGAUGGAAUUUCGAUUUUCACGUCUGAAUAAUUUUCGCUGCUAAAUGUCACGGUGACAAUUUCAACGAAAAUAAAAUGUGGACUGAGAGGGAACUGGAGAGCUGAACCCGAAGCGUGGAGAGACGCGAGGACACGAACCGUGAUGAGGAUUGUGCCACAAGGGAACGAGUACUACGAGUACCGUGACACUUAUGGCUAUCGCAGUGCGGUUGGAUUAGAAUUUUUUUGUAAAUACAGGUGGCACAUAGACGUGUCCAGUUGCUACGAAGGUGGCGGCAGUUGUGAUUGUAGUGAAUGUGAUCGAGUGAAUCGAGAUGCUAGUGAACUGUCGGCACGGAAGCUACCGGUGUCGAUUACGACGGUACUGUCGUUAACCGGCGAACACAAUAACUUUAUCUCGUAGGCACGGGGGAUCGUCUCGUUUUUCACUCGUCUUGAGUUCAUUUUCAACGGGAUUUUAAUGCAUUGACGGGGACUGGCACUUCGGUUGGAGGUUAACAAUGUACGGCCGGGGGGGUGGGGGCAGGGGUGAUCGAUUCAACUCGAGAGAGAACAUGUUGGAGGUACUGCAACGGUGCCAGCGGUCCUGAAGUGCAGUUGAAAUCGAGUGAAAAAAAUUAUUAAGCCGAGAUGAUCGGGAUUAAACAGCUUUGGGAGUGAGGUUAUUUGUUGGUGGAGGGACACUCUGAAUGCGUUGACAGGUGAAAUGCCUGUGUCCUUGCGAUUGGGAGUCAAUACACUUGACCAUUGAUAAGAGAGCCUCGUGGAAAUUCAUGUUGUCAGUGGAGUUUUGGUGUGUGAAUUUUUCCUCGGGAUCUGUGUGAGAGGGAAAUUUUGGAUAAUUGGCCUGUCGAAUGUCUCAUCGAGGGGGGAAUGGACUCAUCGUAAAUAUAAACAACUGUUAAUCAAAGUGCCGGAACAUGCUGAAGUUUUUAACGCACAAACUGAGGACUCACUCACUUAACGAGGAUCCAAAUCAAGAUAAGGCGGAUGACAAUCACGAUUCGGGAACCGAAUCAGAUGAUGAGUUUCAAGAUGGCAGUGUCACUGGAAACGAGCCCUCUAGUCCCAUGGGAAGUCCGUCAAGCCCUCCAGCUCCGGACAGCGCCCUCCCAUCGGACCCAAAUUUCUGUGCAUCAACGACGACAUUCAGUUACCUCCAGCGCACCUCAAGCGAGGAGUUAACAGACAAUUCCGAAACGCGAUUACAACAUCCAGGAUCCGCAACAACCUCUAGACUGCAGAACUGUCAAUCGCGUGAAUCUAGCUUACUGUCCCUAAAUUACAAUGACCAACACAGCUCCGAGGAGGAGCUCGAGGUGAUAAAUAGUCCAAAAGCAAUAGCAUCUCAGGGAUGUAGACCAGCAACAGCCCCCGAGAAACGUAAAUGGUCACAAGUGAGCAGUAAUAGUAGUGCCCAGGGACAUUGCAGUCAGACACAACAGCAAUCUAGCCAAUCCGAAAAAUCCCAGUCGCAACAAACACUCGGUUUGGACGUACCAACGAUCGUUUCCACUUCCUCGGCGCCAGUUAGCAGAGCCGGGAUGGAACCAGCUGGCUCAGGCUCCAGCGAUGAAGAGGUACAAGGCUUGCUGGGUAGUAGUAGAAGCAACGGGAGUAUAAUCUCUCAGCCAGUGCAAUUUCGUACAUCACCACCAAUCGAUGCUCACAAGCCAGGGAGAUCAUUAUCACCACCACCAAAGCUCUUCCAUGCAUCGACGAGGGAUCCACGACCGCCACCGAGGCCUCGUUCACGGCCCAGACAUCAUCCCCACCUAUAUCAUCACUAUUACCACCAUCAUUAUCAAAUCGAAACGGAUGUAGACUCGUUGAGUGCUUGCAGUCCACGUAAACGUCAUCGACCACCGCAUCGUCAGCCCAGGCCAUGUCUCGAUUUUGAGAAAAUGCAACAGCUCAAAGCCCGUGCUGUGACGACUUGGAGGCACGGGGGCGAUCACGGAAACGAGGUUUCAGUAUUCUGCUGGUGAGAAUGGUGAACCGUGAACUGGGGAUCAUUGCCACUGAUCGCCGGGGAUCGGUUAUGGACGAUUUUCUCUCUCUUUAUUAUCCAAAGGAACUGUAGGCCAAAUGUCUACUGCUGUAAAGGGAAUGAGGGAGUAGAUAAAAUGAAAAGAUAGUCCCUUUUGUUCGAAAGAUUCCUAGUUGUACGACAUCGAAGAAUAAUUAGUAUUCCUCUUCCGAAUGCGAUGGGAUGACUACAAUUCCUUGAAGAGUUUUCCAGAGAUUGUCCACGUCGGACAAUAAAAAUUGUGGAUUCAAUUCCAUUUUCAGUUCUUGAAAAUUACCAAUCUCACAAUUUUACUUGAUUUUCUCGGGAGGAAGUACGUCUGGAAGACACGAUAUCUAGGGAGGAAAAUCCUGACGAAGGAAUAAGAAAUACAUCUGUAAAUAUUGCAAUGAUAGUAUGGAGGAAACGAUUGAAACUCACUUCAGUGAAAUAACGCAAUUACUUUUGAAAAAAAAAAAAGCAAAUUGAAAAGUAAAUAGAGUCAUCUCCUCUAUACAUCGUCGGAUCUUCUGUAUAUACAUGCAUAUAUACAUAUAUUAACUGUAUCCUGUAUUAUUACUGUAUUAUGCGCCCGGACUAAUGAAAGAAACAAGAAGACAUGAACGACAUCAAUUUGAAUGAGAAAUAUUUAUGAUACGUUUUUUUUACAAAACUAAAAAAGAUGACGCUUAUAAAAUGGGUCUUCAUUCCAUACGAUGAAUUUGAAUUAAUCAACGCUCUUAGAGAGUAUUCAUCAUCAGACUUCAUCAUGAGAAUAAUGUCACUUUGAUAGAGAGUCGUAACCAUUGACAUUGAUGGACGGAUGAUAAUUGAUUCAGUAACAAUCGUGAUCUCUGUGCUUCUCCUUCUCUGACGCAAAACAGUAAUGGCAUGGUUUCGUACGUUAUACAAUAAUUUUAUGACGAAAUAGAACUUGAAUGCAAUCCUCCCUGCCCCAGAUUAAAAAUCAAUAAAAGAGAAUAAAAUACGUGAAAUACGCUUUUGAUGUGAUUAUGCUACACGUAUUCAUAUAGGAGUAUAAUAAACAUAAGUAGAGGAACAAAAAAAAAGGUAUGCGACCAUGUCGCAAUGGAAUUUUUGCCAUUUGAAUCAAAGUAGGUCAUUUGUAAGACUAAAACCUUUGUUUCCGAAAUUUUGAUAUAUCGAGGGUGAAUAUCAUUGGACUAUGGGUGAUUAUAUUUUGUAUAAUAUCGGUUGAUUUGAAUCUCACGCGAAGGAUAUUCGCAUUUCCAUCCAAAAAUAUUAAUUAGUAUUUGCAUAAUUCAGGUACUGAUCAAUCUGUUUAUUGAGAAAUACAGAAUUGUGAAGUUUAAUCAAGGUUAACUGUACAAAAUUAUACUCAAGAUGUAAAAUUCAUUUAUUUUUUAUAAAUAAUGGAAGGGGAUAGGAGUAAAAAUUACAACUGAAGCUCAAUGAAUUUACCAGCCUCUCUGAGAGGAGAAGAGUUGAACAAAUGAGGGCGAACGAGGAGAAGAGAGUUAUACACUGAGAGAAAACAAACUUAUUUUCUCAAGCAAGUUUUGUUUGAACCAACAAAAUCGGCAAACAAGUUGAAAAUUGGUACACGGAGAGAAAUAUUCAAGAAAAAUUACGGAACAUUUCACGUAAUCAGAAAAUUCUUGGAUG